CUAUGGGUUUUUAAAUGUUGUCAAAAGCUGGAAUCGGUUUUGAACUUUUUGCAAAGGAUUACACAAAAGAAAGCAAUGGCCGAGCGACUUUUAACAUAUAAUUUGCUAUAAAACCUAGCGGCGUGCAUUAUGGGAUAGGAAUGACUCUGGAAAAUAUACAAGUGACUCUACACGAACGCUACAUAUAUCGUCAUUUGUCACUUUUCAAAUUUCACGAGGACGCGACCCUUAGCCAGAAUACAUUGCUUUGUAAAACAAUGACUGAUAAACCACCGGACUGGUCCACUUUAAUCAACAAGAAAGGGGAAUUUGUCCGUUCGCCGUCAACUUUUCGUGACUGGGUGACAGCUGACGGAUCGAGCGGUUUUCCAGCUGAAGCAAAUCGUUACCACCUUUACGUAUCCCUGGCUUGCCCUUGGGCUCACCGUACAUUGAUUGUGCGGAAGCUCAAAGGGCUUGAAAAUGCUAUAUCCCACACUGUAGUUGACUGGCUCCUUGGUCCCGAAGGGUGGUUAUUCACAGACAGCAAGCCUAAGUGCUCUUUAGAUAAUGUAAACGGAUGUCAAACGCUGCGAAAGGUGUAUCAACUCGCCUCUCCUGAUUACGAAGGCAGAGUUACGGUACCUGUGUUGUGGGACAAACACAAGAAAACGGUCGUCAAUAAUGAAUCCAGCGAGAUUAUUCGGAUGUUCAGUAAGGAAUUCAACGCGUUCUGUACCACAGACGAGCAGAGGAAACUAGAUUUGUACCCAGAGCACCUAAAAGAAAAGAUCGAGGAGCUCAACAGCUGGAUUUAUCCAAACAUCAACAAUGGUGUUUACCGCUCAGGUUUUGCUACAUCUCAAGAAGCAUAUGAUGCUGCAGUUAAAGAUGUCUUCACUCAUCUUGAUAAGGUAGAAAACAUCUUGAGCAAAUCACGUUAUUUGACUGGCAACACCAUCACAGAGGCAGAUGUCCGUCUUUUUACAACUCUUGUUAGAUUUGAUAUGGUCUAUGUUGGACAUUUUAAGUGCAAUAAAAAACGCGUUAUGGACUAUCCAAACAUGUGGGGAUAUCUCCGGGAUUUGUAUCAAACAAGUGGAAUUAGUGAAACUGUGGAUGCUGAACACAUUCAAAAGCAUUAUCAGCAAAGUCACUUGAAGAUCAACCCGUAUGGUAUUGUGGCCAUUGGCCCAGAGCUUGACUUCAACAAGCCACAUGGCCGUCAGUGACGAGCUUCUAGGAGAAUUAUAAUAAACUAUCUUACAUCUCAAUACAUUGUAAGCUUACACAACUAUUGUUAUUUGAAUUUAUCCAUCAGCUCAUGGUUUCCUGUGGGUCCACUUGUUUCAUCUGUAAUACUCUCUUACUGCCUUCUUCAACUCUCUAAAAUGUCAUCAAUUCUAGUUUCAUAACCUUUUGAACAGUAAAAUUGAUCUGCUCUUUUUUCAGUUUUUCUCCUAAAACUCAUUUUACUCUUCUUAAGUGCAACAGAAUCUCAAAUUUUAUUGUUAUUAAACUUUGUAGACCUUUUUGUGCCAAAGGAACCACUAUUUAAAUUGAUAUUUUUGGCAUUUUUUUUGCAAAAAAAAAAAACAAUUUUGGACUCUUGCUAUACCAGUAAGUAUUUAAGCAUUAUUUGUAUCAGUAGUAGUGUAAAGUCAAUUUAAAUGAUUAAGUUAAACCUUGUGAAAUGGGGUAAAUUAUUUAAGCACAUGAAUUUAAAAUAAAAAGAGGGGACCAUUCUUUCUUUUA